CCUCAGUCGCACUUGCCAGUUGCAGUCGGUCCUUAGCUUCCUGGUAGUCGCAACCCAGUCGCCAGUCGUCAGCUGAUCGCGAGGACAAGUCGACAAUGGGGUCUGAGUGUUCAGUGUAUCUGCAUGCUUGUAGUACGUGAAAAAAACAACUGUCCAGGAUACGUUGACAUUGCAACCAAACGAGGCUCAACCUAACCGGCUCGCUAAUACAGAUGCUGCAACAUCUGAAGAAGCGGUAGUUGUUUUGCGUAUCACUUACGCUCAGCAUGACGACCCAACUGGUUUGGCUUGUUGCCCUGACCGCCAUUUGUAUGCCAAGUGUAACACCUUCGCCCUUCUGGAAUCCUAACGUCCUAUCUGGAGGUUCAGGACGGAACAUCAGACAUUUGCCAUGCUUGAGCAGACAGACUGGAGAGAAGGGUAUUUGUAUGUUUGCCUUCUCAUGCGCAAAAGCCAAUGGAACUCAUUUGGGCACAUGCAUAGAUCGAUUCUACUUCGGAAGCUGUUGUAAAGUGUUGACGAAUCCUUCGGCUCUAGACGUUCCAGCGGGAGUGGAGAACAAUCAGAUUCUAGAUGAGGUGACAUCUACGGAAGCAUCUUAUCAUCUGUCUACUUUUCAAACGGUUGAUAUUGGUCGAUUAAAUGAGACGACCUCGUAUCUACAGAGUUCUACAUCUAGAACAGAGCCGGAGAAGCCGGCCAGUGCUUUCAAACCCACCAAAAAACCCACAAAACCCGCUGAUAGCUUUGUGACAAAGCGGCCAUCCACAGCCUCCUAUAAACCAACCAGUCCCAGUCCCAAACCAAUCUCAUCAAGUCCCAAACCAACCUCACCCAGUCCUAAACCAACUUUCAAGCCGCAAAUCUCCACUCACAGACCAAUCUCUUCCAGUCAGCGUCCGGUAUCGACCACUGCCAAGCCUGUGACUUCUAGCUCGAAACCAAUCUCGACAAGUCAUAGGCCGAUCUCGACAACUGCCAAGCCGUUGGUGAAGCCGAUCACCUCCAGUCACAAGCCGGCUGUCAGUUUCAGGCCUUCCUCGCCAAGGCCCAAGCCACAGAAGCCCGUCUCGACGCCUGUGCCGACCAAGAAGCCUGGUUAUGUGCAACUGGUGUUGACCACUUUGUCUCCAUCGAGUCCCACCACCAUUCCACCGGCACUUGUCACCUGGACGACUGUCGAAGAGGUUCCUGCUCGUCCCGUGCCUACUGUGUCAAAUAAUAAGACUGAACCACCUCAGAGAAUAGCAGAGCCAACGACCACAACGACUACAUCCACGAUGACAACUCCUAAUUGGGUGGAAAUAUCAGUUUCCACGCAUGCGCCAACUACAUUUGAUACAUCAGAAACAAAUCCACCGACAACAAUAGCAACUACAGCUCAAUCAUCAUUGGGACCAUCAACAACAGCUGCACCACCAACAACAAUAUAUGUAACCACUCAACCACCUCAGAGACCAUCAACAGUUCAACAACCACAGCGACCAUCAACACAUCAACCACCGCAAAGGCCAUCAACACCAUCAACACAUCUACCACCACAGAGACCAUCAACACAUCAACCUCCCCAGCGACCAUCAACGCAUCAACCUCCCCAGCGACCAUCAACACCAUCAACGCAUCGACCAUCAACACCCCAGAGACCGUCAACCACACAGCCUCCCACCACAACAACAGCCAGACCUACAACAACAACAACAGUCCCCACAACUGAGAGUCCGACAACAUUUACAACAUCUGCUCCAACAACAGUUACUCCGACUACCAACUAUCCUUCGCAAACAUUCUUCACCGAAAUGUCGACUGAUGGAGUGUCGACGGACUCUAUCACCACCCUGCCUCCUUCCAAACCGACCCCUGCCAUCGAUAUCAACGAGAUCGAUACCAGCUACUUCAAUAUGACCAACUUCAGAGAUGUUUGCGGGCGAAGACUCUAUCCACAGUCAAGGAUAGUGGGUGGUGAGAAGGCCUCUUUCGGCAAAUGGCCCUGGCAGAUCUCAUUACGCCAAUGGAGAACUUCGACUUACCUUCACAAGUGUGGAGCAGCCUUACUCAGUGAAAAUUGGGCCAUAACAGCAGCUCAUUGUGUUGAAAAUGUUCCUCCGAGUGACCUACUGCUACGUCUUGGUGAGCAUGAUCUAUCAAUCGAAGAAGAGCCAUACAGCUAUAAGGAAAGACGAGUUCAGAUAGUGGCAUCACAUCCACAGUUCGACCCGCGGACUUUCGAAUACGAUUUGGCACUGUUGCGUUUCUACGAGCCAAUAGUUUUCCAGCCAAACAUAAUACCGAUCUGUGUUCCCGAGGAUGACACUAGUUUUGUGGGAUCAAAUGCUUAUGUUACUGGAUGGGGUCGUCUCUAUGAAAAUGGUCCUCUUCCAAGUGUUCUACAAGAAGUGUCAGUACCAGUCAUCAACAAUACUGUAUGUGAGACCAUGUAUAGAGCGGCUGGAUACAUAGAACAUAUUCCAGAAAUUUUCAUCUGUGCUGGUUGGAAGAAAGGAGGCUUCGAUUCUUGUGAGGGUGACUCCGGUGGUCCAAUGGUGAUCCAGAGACCAGACAGAAGAUGGGUUCUGGCGGGGGUGAUCUCGUGGGGCAUUGGCUGUGCUGAGCCCAAUCAACCCGGUGUUUACACACGAAUUUCACAAUUCAGGGAUUGGAUAAAUCAAAUCUUACAGUUCUAGCAAGCAUUUGUGCAACGUUAACCAAAUUUCGACAAGUGAUUAUCAACGAAAAAGACAAAAACAGUUCUGAAGUGGAACUUCUAAUGUGCAACGAAUAAUAUUGAACGUUUUUUAUAAUGAAUUCUGCGCAAAACUUUGACGUCACUAGGAUGAUUGUGUUAUGAGAAUCAACAGUGUAUUUUGCUAUAAUGAAGUCGGAUUAGUGAGAUGUUUCAGAGAGUGAGUGAAAGUUAUUUAUUGAAAUUGUUAUAAUAUUAAAUAUUGUGAGGUUCAAUAUUUAAAAUAAAAAUAUUCACAAAUUUUGGGAUGAUCAGAAUCACACCGAAAUAACAGACGUAGAAUACCGUAUGUUGGUAGAUAAACAAAUCAAACUUCAUCAUCAUUGGUUCAUAACGGUUUUCCAUUUUAUUCAUAGUCUCUACAAAUAACAGGAUUAAAUUUCAUGCAUUCAUGUGGUGAAAAAACGUUGAGAUUUUUUCCAAAUAUGCUCCUGUUAUGUUUGGUCAUAUUAUCAUGGCUAGUUUGAAGUUUUAAAUUGGAAUCUUUCAAAUUGAAUCAUUGUGAUACUGAUAGAUAUUUUUCAAUGAUGUUGUAUCUGACAAAAACCUGUUAACUUUAGAGGAAACUAUCUGUUAAUAUUAUUUCGUUGUUAUAACUAUGAAUUUUAUGAGAGAUAGUCAGUGAUCAAGUGGUAGUUAAUAUUCAGUUUGAGAAUAGUUUGAUUGAAGAGUUAUCAGAAACCCCAAAAAAUCAACUUUCGUGGCUCUGAUUAUUUUUGCAAUCUAAAGCAUAUGUCAUAUGGAAGUACAAGUGCGGAUUCCCUUUGUAAAAAGAACUCGCUUCCAUCAUUACUACAAGGACAUACAAUAAACUACUUUUUGAACAAUUUUCAGAUUAAUUUCAUUGUAUGUAAAGACAGGCAUAUCUGUUGAAUAUGCUGUUGUAUAAAAUGUGAUUGGUUCAUAACCACGUCUAAAAAAAAUAUUAACAGCAUGUAUUCUCAAAAUAUUUGAAAGAGAAUAACCAAUAAUUUUGGGAUUUCAAUUGAAAUUGGCUUUCUUACAACGAACAUUAGGUACUUUUUAUUAAGGUACUACAUUGUUGUCACACUAUUUAUUGUUACUCUCUCAUCAAAUCGGUUAUAAGCUGAUUUUUUUGGCUUGCUUGAUCAAAUUUCGAUGAUCAAGAUAAGCUAUAUAUUAUAUUGAACAAUCAAGUAGGUUUUAUCAUCUUUGUGUAUAGAAGUUUUUCGAAGUAAAUCUGUUUGAUACAGGAAUUAUUUGAGAAUAAAUUUCACGAUGGGAGAAGACUGUCAGGGAAUAGUUCAAAUUCAAGUUAAAAAUUAACAUUGCAACAUACAUAUUUGGUCACUAUAAUACUACUUUUCUAUAUUUUUCUCUAUCUUUUAUACCACCCUCUUCUUAAUUUUCAAUACGAAUAUCUUCCUCCGUACCUGUAGUCUAAUUUAUAUAGAAGUGGUACGGUACAUAUUAUAUAUUCUAUAAGGAAUUGAUUGAUUUAUUUAAUUUCUUUGUCAGGUCUGAAGAGACCUAUGGUAAACAUCAAAUUACAGAAAUACAUUGCAAACUCAAAUCACAUAGAUAAAGAAAAAAAAUAUAUAAAUAAAAUUGACCCAUUAAGGAAUUGACCCAUACGUCGUUCAAAUUGAAGAUUAAAUUAUUCAAAUGGCAUUAGAAACACAAAAUCCCUUCAAAAUGGGUGUUUUUUUUUUAGUUUCUUUUAAGAAUCAAUCUCUUAGAAGAAAGACUCUAACUGGUUCAUAAGAGUACUAUUGAAGGUUUUUACAAAUUAUUUAAAACUUCUUAUGAGUUUCUACAAACGUUUUUGUGAGUUUGUAACUGAAAUCUUAUUUAAAACAUUUAAAAAAAGUAAAGUAAUGAAGAUGUACUCUAGAAGUUCUCUUCGCAUCCUGAGACUACUGCAGGUGACUCAUGGAAGUAGAGUAAAAUAAGAGAUUUAAGUGAGGUAGUUCUGAAUUUUAUUAUUUUUAUGUUAUAUUUAAAACAUUUAUGUAUUUUACUAACUUUUAUCACUGCCUAAAAUGUUGACAGCGAAUUGUAACGGACUCUCUAGAUUUUAAGGGCAAUCUACCACUAAGCUCUGUUCUCAACAAUAUUAUUAUUGAAGCAAGAGUAUCGAAAUCUUUGUUGUAGCCAAACUUCUAAUGGAAGUAAUUUUUAAUAAUGGUUUUUUUCUGACUUAUAAUAGGAUAGGGAAAUUUCAGUGGAGGGAAUUUUUGCAUGGUAAAAUUUCCAUAAUCCACACAGUUCUGUAAACAAGCUUCACCCAUUGUUGAUAGGACUUUGUUCCUCAUACAAUAUAGCCUACUUGGAGGAAUCUGAUCUAAAGAAAUUCUUGCAUGAAAAAUCAUUUUUUGGGGAUAUUUCUUUUGGAUUCAAAAUUUUGCUUCAUGUUAUGAAGGAUGUCAAAAUCUCCCAAUUUCAAUGCACGAUUAUAAAACUUUUAAAAUAUAUCUAGCUUAGGCCUACAUCUCUACAAUAAUUGAUAAGUUCCAUGUUUUAUUAACUUCAAACGUGUUGAUAAAAAAUCUCCUAUCAAUUUUUGGAACAAUAUUUUUUUCUUCAUAUGUUAGUUUAGAAGGUAUGUUUCUCUAAGUAGCUAGACUUAAAAUGUUAAGGUUAUUAUAUUUUUUGUUACUAACUUUGAAUCACUAUGUGGAGAGAACAGUCAACUGAUUUACUAUUUUUAUCAAGAACGGAUCAGCUAUCCAAUUAUCACUAAGUGAUGAAUGUGUUUUUUAGGCUGAUUCUUUAGUUCAACCAAAUGACGAUAUUAUUAAUAAUACUGAACUUUCUCAUUGUUGACUAUGUUUAGAAUCUAAGGUGUUUCACCAUUAUUGAUUAUAAUGUUUUAUAAUUAUUUCUAUGUGAUAUGUUAAUUAUUUAUUUUAUGUUAUACAUAAUGAAGCGCUUUCAAUGUAAAUAUUUGUAAUUGUUAUAAUUAUAUUUAUUGGUUGUAUCUCAAGGUUUCCCGAAAGAUGUCUGAUUCUAUUUCAAUUGAGAAUGAAUGAAAAUACAAAAAAAUAUAUAUAUUUAUCCAAGAAACAAAAUCA